GGAAGUGAAUCCCGGAAACAUUGAAACAUUACGUCUAAAGUGAUCCGAGGGAUACAUUAAAAUGAUUAAACAAUUAUUUAUUUCACCAUGAGGACUUUAAACUGGAUAUCUGAGGAUGCUGGAGUGAAAACCGGAUAAAAUACCAGGAAAAAUAGACUGGAGACGAUAUAAGUGAUGCAGAUGUGCGGAUUUAAUGUGACGUGUGUUAGUGGCUGCUCAUCAGGACUGAUUGAUUUUCUGCUUUUUCAUUCAUUUAUUCGGCAUAAAGCGACCAAAAGGCAUGUCUAUGUGCAGUAUUUACCCAUGUGAUUCCUUUAAAGCUGUUUACUGUGAUUAAUACAGUAAAAUGUUUCCUAAAACCUCUUUCACGAGUAUCAUAGUGGGGGUCUUCCUGCUGUAUGUGCUGCACACAUGUUGGGUCAUGUAUGGGAUAGUUUACACGAAACCAUGUGAAAAUCCCAAAAGUGACAGCUGUAUCACACCACACCUGGCUGGAAAACCUCGACUGCAGCUGAGCGUCUACACCGCAGUGAGACCGAAUGCUGAUGGUGGACACAGUUUGAUACACAGAGAAGAAGAAUUUGAUAUGAAUACCAGAUUUGAAAGGUCAGUAAAUGUGUCUCUUCCGAAGAAGACACGCAAAAAUGGGACGCUGUACGCCAUGGUGUUCCUGCAUCAGGCGGGGAUGAAUCCGUGGCAGGAUCCACAUCAGGUGCAUUUGGUCACACAACUGACGACUUACAUGCUGCCGAAACCACCAGAGAUCAGUCUGAUCACAGGCCAGGACGACCCACAGAAACCAGAUCAGCAAAAACCAGGUGCCGACUCCGAGCUGGACCGGCCCGUUUCUCACUGGCGUUCUCGUCUGACACUGAACGUGGUGUCCGAGAACUUCCUGUUUGAUCGCGAGGCGCUGCCUGGAGACGUUCAUCGAUACAUGAGAGUAUAUCAGAACGGGAAGAAGAUGGUUUACCUGCCGCUGCUGUUUGUAGAUGAACUCAGCAACAGAGUGAAAGAUUUAAUGGAGAUCAACAGCAGCACCACUGAACUGCCUUUGACCAUCUCGUACGACUCCAUCUCUCUGGGAAAACUGCGAUUCUGGAUUCACAUGCAGGAUGCCGUUUAUUCACUGCAGCAGUUUGGCUUCACUGAAAAGGAUGCAGAUGAAAUCAAGGGAAUAUUUGUGGACACUAAUCUAUAUUUCCUGGCUCUCACCUUCUUUGUGGCUGCUUUCCAUCUUUUGUUUGAUUUCUUAGCAUUUAAAAAUGACAUCAGUUUCUGGAAACAUAAGAAGAGUAUGGUCGGGAUGUCGAGCAAAGCAGUGUUGUGGAGAUGUUUCAGCACCAUCAUGAUCUUCCUCUAUCUUCUGGACGAGCAGACCAGUCUUCUGGUUCUGAUUCCGGCUGGAGUCGGGUCUUUAAUAGAGGUGUGGAAAGUGAAAAAAGCUUUUAAGAUUCACAUCAUGUGGAGGGGUUUCACUCCCAUAUUCCUGUUUGGGAAAUCUGACGAGUUGGAGAAACGAACGGAGAAAUAUGACACACUGGCGAUGAAAUAUCUGUCGUAUCUGCUGUACCCUCUGUGUGUCGGUGGCGCAGUGUACGCGCUUGUGUUUGUGAAGUACAAGAGCUGGUACUCAUGGCUUAUUAACAGUUUAGUCAAUGGGGUGUACGCCUUUGGAUUCCUCUUCAUGCUCCCUCAACUCUUUGUAAAUUUCAAGCUAAAAUCGGUGGCUCAUCUGCCCUGGAAAGCCUUUAUGUACAAGGCUUUUAAUACGUUUAUCGACGAUGUCUUUGCUUUCAUCAUCACCAUGCCGACGUCACAUCGGUUAGCCUGCUUCAGGGAUGAUGUCGUGUUCCUUGUAUACCUGUAUCAAAGAUGGCUGUACCCGGUGGACAGAACAAGAAUGAAUGAGUACGGCGUAUCUUACGAUGACAAGCCAAAAGGAAAAUCCCAUAAAGAUUAACAUCACUACAAAAGCACAGCAUUGCCGUGGAAACAGCAGUCUGAUCAAAAACAUGCAAACACAGUAUCUGCAGUCAGACAGUUGAUAUAUUGUGUUUAGUUUGUGUGAUAUGUAGAGCAAAACUUGCUCUGAUAAACUGAGAGAGUUGACCAGCUACUCAUGGUUAACUCGAGACACCGUUUGAUUUGUUGAGUUAUAGGAAAGAAGAACUAUGAAAAGCUUGGUGUAAUUUUACAGAAUGUAUUUGGCGGGACCUUUAAUUCAGUCUCAAAUAGUGUUUUGAAAUUAAGACCAUAUCACAAGGGUGCCAAAAGACCAGAGUUUCAGAUUAAUGAUCUGUUUUUUGUUUUGAAUAUGAAUAGAUUAAUUUUAGCAUCAUGACUGAUGUUUGUGUGUUCUGAGAGAAUUAUGUGUAUGUUUGUUUUUAUGUACUUUAUUCCAUUAAAGUGUUUCUGUGAUUCAGCUGUUUAA